GGAACCCACGUGUGGUGCUAGGUUGCAUCAUGAAAGCGCAUUCGUAAUCCAGCGAUCCGUGGGAUUGGGCAAAGGGAGUGGAGGUUGGGUUAGGAAAAAAACACGAUUGGUAGAGUUGAAAGUAAAACUUGUUGGCUCAGAUAUUUGUGCAGCCACGUCCUCUCUCGCUAACCUCACCACGGAGGUCAAUUGGCACUUGUGCUGAAACGCGUCUAUUCUCAAUCGCUCACUGCGGUGCACGACGGAGUGUCGAGAGUAAAACAUUUGGAUGACUGUAUUUGCUUUUUCCAUAUAUUUUUGAGACACUUCGGUGGAUAUCCAUUGAUUUACUCAGCUUUCAUCAAGAGCGCAUCAAAGGUCCACGUUCUGACUCGGUCGGUUAACUGACUCUUAAGAGGGAGAAAUAUGGCUUUUAUGGUGAAACAAAUGGUGGGAGGGCAUGUGAAGAACCUGACCGGGGGUUUGACUGAGGAAAAGCCCGAAGGAGAGAAAUCGGAAGCCGCAGCGGCAGGAAUGACCCAGGAGGAAUUUGAACAAUAUCAACAACAGUUAGAGGAGGAAAAGCAGGAACGAGAUUCUAGUUUUGCCCAGAAGAAAGCUGAGCGGGCAACAGUUAGAAGUCACUUCCGGGACAAAUACAGACUGCCAAAGAAUGAGCUGGAUGACACUCAGAUCCAGCAGGCGGGGGAUGACGUGGAGCUGCCCACAGAGCUAGCCAAGAUGAUCGCUGAUGACAACAAGGAGGAGGCGUCCAAGACGUCUGUCCUGGGCCAGCUGACCAACAUCCAGAAUGUGGACAUGGACCAGCUGAAGGACAAGGCCCAGGCCACGCUGGAAGACCUCAAACAGUCUGCUGAGAAGUGUAAUCUCAUGUGAUCUGGCUGGCUGACUGAAUUCCUGCUCUCUCUCUCUCCCUCCCUUACUCUCUUUAUCUGUACAACAAAGGAUCUAUGUAAGAUAUCAUGUGAUCUAUGAUCAUGUACAAACGUUGAUAGUCAUGUUGCUUUGAAUACACACACAUACAGUCAACACUGCCUCACACACACAAACAUACUGCAGCAGCUUCUGGCCAAGGAAUCGGAGUAAACACUGUCUAAGCUGUGGGGGAAUCAGAGUAAACACUGUCUAAGCUGUGGGGGAAUCAGAGUAAACACUGUCUAAGCUGUGGGGGAAACAGAGUAAACACUGUCCACGCUGUGGGGGAAACAGAGUAAACAAAGUCUAAACUGUGGGGGAAUCAUUGUAAACACUGUCUAAGCUGUGGGGGAAUCAGAGUAAACACUGUCUACGCUGUGGGGGAAACAGAGUAAACACUGUCUAAGCUGUGGGGGAAUCAGAGUAAACACUGUCUAAGCUGUGGGGGAAUCAGAGUAAACACUGUCUAAGCUGUGGGGGAAACAGAGUAAACACUGUCCACGCUGUGGGGGAAACAGAGUAAACAAAGUCUAAACUGUGGGGGAAUCAUUGUAAACACUGUCUAAGCUGUGGGGGAAUCAGAGUAAACACUGUCUACGCUGUGGGGGAAACAGAGUAAACACUGUCUAAACUGUGGGGAAUCAGAGUAAACACUGUCUAAGCUGUGGGGGAAUCAGAGUAAACACUGUCUAAGCUGUGGGGGAAACAGAGUAAACACUGUCCACGCUGUGGGGGAAACAGAGUAAACAAAGUCUAAACUGUGGGGGAAUCAUUGUAAACACUGUCUAAGCUGUGGGGGAAUCAGAGUAAACACUGUCUACGCUGUGGGGGAAACAGAGUAAACACUGUCUAAACUGUGGGGGAAUCAUUGUAAACACUGUCUUAAACUGUGGAGGAAUCAGAGUAAUAGUCUUAUGCCAAAGACCCUUCGCAGAAAACCAUUUAGACAAUGGCACAAAGUAUAUCAACUAGUCAUAUUAAGUGUGAGACGAAAUCACACUUUCUUGUCUUGGGACCACAUUCAGUAUAUUACAAACCAAGUGUCUGUUAUAUCUAUUGCAAGUGUAAGUGUAUUUGCAGUUAGCCUGUUCUGUAGUCCAUCUAGUCUAUGGUCAUUAACUAGUUGGGGCCUUGUUAAGAGACAGCUCGUCCUAUGUAAUGCCAACCCAUCUAACCUUUCAAAUCUGGCCUUUAACCUGUCCUCAUUUUGACCCCUGACCUCUCCAUCUCAGUGCUGUUUUGUGCCGGUGGUUUGGUGUCGUUUAGCUGCUAUGAUAUGUCAAGUGCUGUCUUCGAAAAUGUCAUCUUUUGGAUGAGUGCUGGUCAUAGUGUUUAAUAAGUACACAAUACUAUGAACAUAAAUUAACAUAGAGUACUUGUUAUUUGUCUGAAUUGUUGUUGUAUCACUAAGUAAAGAUGCAGGUGAGAGCGGGAGAGGGGUUUGUCAACCUUAUUUAGUAAUAUACAAUAUAUAUUUAUUUAAUACAGUGGUUCAUGUCUUGUAAUAGUUGAACAGUCCUUUCGUGACAUUACAGUAAUAGCAUUAAGAAGAAAGGAUGGUGAACAUGCCUUAGUCGCUUGUUUUAUGUGAUAGCUACUUUGUGCUUUCUUGUCAGUUCCAUGAAGCAAAACAAACAAGUGUGAAUAUAAUGAAUCCUUCCUCAAGUCUUACAGAGCCUGAUCACCUAUACAUAUCUCUCUGUAUUGACGUAUGACCUGCAGUGGUACUUUAAAGCCAACAACAAGAGCUUCUUUCAUUUCCAGUCACCCUAUGGGGUGAUUCAGGUUGAUCUCAUGAUGAUAUUUCAGGAAGAGACGUGUUGUUCAUGAUGUUUCUGUUUCCUGUCCAUUCUUUGCUUCUUUUACAUCAUCUUUGUUGUUCAGUGCUGUAUGAAACGUAUUGAUUUUUGACUGACCGUUGAAACCAUAAUAAACAGAUUUUUAUGA